AUGCUGUUUGGGUGCAGCUUGUCAGUGGAUUAUACAAGGCGUACGGUCAGAAGUUUCAUCGACAGUGAUCUCUUCCUAUCCCUGGUCGGCUCAGUGGCAUCCGUGUUCAACGCUUGCAGCCGUGUCGUAUGGGGUGUGGUAGCUGACAAGACGUCCUAUCAAUUCUCUAUGGCGAUUGUCUGCACUAUAGGAGCAUCCCUUGUUUGGCUACUACCAACUGUUCGAGCUGUUGGUGAUCCAACCUUAUUUCUAGCUGCG